CGGAGGGAGAGCCCUACAGAUAGAGGGAAACAGCUGAUUCAGAGCUUCAAGCUGAUUUAGACCAGGAGUGAAUCCCACAGCAGAGCAGGUAGAGGCCUGGCAGGCAGUGGGUUAGGAGGCUGCUGGGGAUUUCCAUGUUUAGACCCUGCUGACUGCUACUGCUGCUGUUCCCAGUCUCCUGAGAGAUCGAGCCGGACCCCUCCCCCUUAUUCCUCUAACCUGCCCAACUGUUUUCAAGUGGUCCAACAUUAAAAGAUACCAGCUCUCUGCACACUGUAUCUGCUGAAACACACCAUGCAGAGUCCCCACUCAGCUGAUGCAGCUGCUCAGCAGCAAAGGAGUGAAGCUGGGUCAUCUAAUAGUUUCAAAGCCCUUGGAUGCCACGAGCAGCUGGAUCCCAAGGACAGCCUACACUCUGAGGACCCCAGAGAAUACUGUUAUGGUGGGUACCACCCUGUCCAGAUCGGGGACACCUUCAACAGAAGGUAUCAGGUGGUGUCUAAGCUCGGCUGGGGCUAUUUCUCCACCGUCUGGCUGUGUCUGGACCUCAGGCUUAGUCGACACGUGGCUGUGAAGGUGCUGAAGAGCGGAGAAGGCUUCACCCAGGCUGGACAGGAUGAGCUGGCUCUCCUACGAUGUGCCUGUGGUCCUUCGAGCCAUCAUCCCUCCAAGCAAAGGAUUGUUCAGCUGCUUGAUGACUUCAAGCUGGCAGGGGUCAACGGGGUCCACAUGUGCCUGGUGCUGGAGCUGCUGGGGCCUGACCUGAGAUGCUGGCAGCUAUGUUUUGAGAAUCCAGGACUGUCAGGACUGUGGGUCAAACAAAUUCUUACUCAGGUUCUGCAAGGCCUGGACUACCUGCACACUCGGUGUAAAAUCAUCCACACUGACAUCAAGCCAGAGAACAUCAUGCUAUGCCUGGAGGAGCAGUCUCACAACGUGCCAACAGGGGGCAGCAGCUCCACCUCUCUAACGACAGGGAAGAAGUCUUCGUCCAAGUCCACAGAGAAGGAGCCUGUGAACCCUUCCAGCUUAAAGGAAAUUAAAGUGAAGAUUGCUGACCUGGGCAGCUCCUGCUGGGUGUACAAACAUUUCUGUGAAGAAAUCCAGACGCGACAGUAUCGCUCACUAGAGGUUUUACUGGGAUCUGAGUAUGGUCCGCCUGCUGACAUCUGGAGUGUCGCCUGCAUGGCCUUUGAGUUUGUCACCGGAGACUCGCUGUUUGAACCCAAAGCCCGCGAGUCCAUUUCCCUGGAGGAAGACCACAUAGCCCAGAUCACAGAGCUCCUGGGAAAAAUCCCACCAGCUGUUGCCUUGUCGGGCAAAUACUCAGCAGAUUACUUUGGACGCAGAGGUGACCUACGUCGUGUCGGUCCGCUGAGGCUCUGGAGCCUUUAUGACGUUCUCGUGGAGAAGUAUCACUUCCGGUUGGAGGAGGCCUCUGGUUUCUCUGACUUCCUUCUUCGCAUGUUGGAUUAUCAUCCUGAAAAGAGGUCCACUGCUGCAGAGUGCAUUCACCACCCCUGGCUGACCUCAUGAUAGACCAGAGGAAGGCCAUCCACAUGGGCCUCAUCCCCAUCCAUGAUCCUAACAACCAGAUCCUGUCAGUAGCAAGAACUACAUCAUUUUAGGGCAUCAUUGAAUUUUUAGAAAACACUUUGUUUGUUGCUUUAUUUGAAAUCCUGUUGUCGUCCUUACUCAGUGUCAGGGAAGGAACAGGUUAUCCUCUCUAGUGAAGCCCUGCUGCGCACAAUACUUUUCUUGUGUAGCUACAUUUUACUUUUGGACCCUUGAGUCCAAUAAGUAGCAGCUCUUAUGACACUGUGAGCCAGUGUGACAAUGUGAGUUUGAUGCAAACCUUGAGUGCAGCUACUUUAUUAUUCAGUCAAAUUGAAUGUCACCUAAGUAAUCAGAAGAUGACACUAAAUGGGAUUUGAAUUUUUUAGUAUAUCUUUUGUACAGGGCAAUAAACUGCUUUUAUAAUUAAUGACAGAAUAAUUGUAGCGCAAGUGUAAGUCUAUCGUAAAUCUAUUUUAUAUAAAUUAACCCAGAUUAAAACAGUUUUUAGUGAAAACAUUUUUAUUAGAAGGAUUUAAAAUCUGUAAAGGAACAAACUAAUAAAAUGAAAUAUAAAGGAGGCUGUCAUAAGAUAUACUUCCUCAGAAUGUUUUAUUUAAAAAAAUAAAGUAUCACUUAAUAUUUCAUAAAGGGAGAAAGGUCCAAACAUGUUGUGUCAGAGCUCCUCCUGCUGUUUUGGGGUCUGUUUGGUGCUCCACUUAUUUUCCCUCAUGCAGAAAACCUUUAUCUCACGUGUUUCUGGCUCCUAUAAUCAACACAAGGAGGAAUCCUUCACUCUGUUUGAAAUAGUUAAAGCUGCACUUUACAAACGUUUCAUGUAAACAGUGGAUGUAAGAGGUGGUCACUCAAUCCAUACAGAGAUGUUUAAGCUCUUAUGCUGGUGCUGAC